AUUUUCUCUAUGUACAUGCUUCUAAUUAAAAAAAAUUCACAGCAGGCUGGCAUUGACACCAAUUGAUUAUGGCGAUUUUCAGUACAAUUACAAAUAUUUUGAUAUUGAAACGUCCUAAAAUUGAAAUGUUGUUGGUUAGUGUAUCAUUUUUGAUAAAAUUUGCCGACAAGAUACUGAAACCCCUUGUCUAAUUAAUACCGAACUUUAGGAUCUUGGGAAUUGCAAUUGGGUUGUUCACUGAAGGGCAUGCUAAUAAAAAUCUUCCUCGAGAGCAUUGCGUGUGAUAUCUUGGUGAUAUAUUAAAUCCAUUCUCAGUUAUUCAAAUUACAGAAUAUAUCUGCGCAACUUUUGCUAUGCUAUCAAAAUAUGGCACUGUCUUGCCCGAGAUUUUAACAAAAAUGAUAUCCGAACAGUUCCCGAAAAAAUAGACUGUAAUUUUGCCAUAAAGGGGAUAUAACUUGCCAAUGAUUUUGCUCCCAAAACGCGUUUGCGAUCGCCGCAAAUAGAAACAUGUUAAUCCUUAGCGUUUGCGGAGUUUUAAGUUACGCUACAUUUGUUUCAGGAACUAAGCAUGACAUCAGUUCUGAGGUUUCUACUGCUGGGUUUUUGUAGUUACAUAUUGGAAAAAGUCUUUGCCUUUCCACAAAGGAAAUCGAAAUUAUGUUCAUGUCUCUCAGGGGCGUAUCCAGAAAAACCUCUACACUUUUUUUAUAAGAACAAUUUUAUAAGAACACGAGCGUCAAAACUGGUCAAAAGUUAAGAACAAAUUAAGAACAAGCUGAGGCUGAGCUUCUGCAAAAUGCAAUUUAAACAACGUGUUUUCUCAAAAUCGAGGAUUUUUAGCGAUGUGUAGGUGCUUUUUCGGUGAAUAGUCAAAUUUGUCAGCAAAUUAAGGCUGUCUCACUCACUUUGUUGGCAAAUGAGACCUGAACACCUCUUUAGAGCGAAAACGCUAGCAAUAGCACUGCUUACGCCCUCUUAAUUUAAGAACAAAUUAAAAACAAUCCAGCCUCAGGUUUUCGAAAAAAUUAAGAACAGUCAGCCUGAACUUAGAUUUACUGGUUCUUUUGAAAAAAGAGUGUAUAUGUAUAUGUUAUUAUGAGGUCUUGUAGCUCAUUGUCAAAAUUUGAUAUAUCUUUUAGCAACACUCGAUUGUUCGACGUAGUAUGCUGGGUGCAUGUCCUCAAGAUCUUUUGCCGCGAGUAUUUUCCCUUUCGCUUUCACGAUGCCUGAAAGCAUACCCUAUUGCAGUUCAGUGAGAAGGAAGAAUGAAUCAAAAUUUUAAAAAUGACGAUAAAUUGUAAAAUGCCUCGCAGCCGGUGAAUUUGUUUGGCUCUCUUGAUGGGUUGAAUUUGCUUCAUAAUAGAGAAGAGUCCUUUCUGGUUUUAGUCACGCUGUCAUUAGAAUUAGCAAAGUGGGGUUAACAUAUCUUUGUAGCAAAUAAGAAACACGGCAAUGCGAAAAGAAUAAACAACAACAAACACACGUAAAUCAGUGAAGGCUAAUAUAUCGCCCCCGGCAUCUGGGACUUCAUCAUUAACAUGUCUAGCUUCGCGAAGUUACACUGCAACUUUGACUUCUAUCUAAUGGUGUUCUACAGAAUCUCGACGAUAAUCGUAUCUCUUUAUAAAGGGUAGGCCUAUCCCUGGAAAACAGGACGAUUUUUAUCGCACUCGCAAGUUCCGUUUUAUGAUCAUACCAGUGCCAAAGAUAUAAUCACGUGUGAUUAGUUUGACCUUCAAAAAUCAUACAAAAAUGUAGCGUUUUCGUUUAACGUAAAAAUGUUUUCUACCAGAUGCAGUUCCUCCUUCGCGAUAGACUUAAAAGCUUUCUUUUUGUUUAAUGUGGUAAAUUCAGAGUUUUAUUGACGCAUACUUUUGGACCUGGUUCGAUUCUAUUAUCUUUUAAGUUUAUUUAUCGACUUUUUUUACAAGAAAAUGAAAUUAUUCUUAAUCCGUCUUGUUGUUGGUUUUGUAAAGGUCCCGCAAUCAUUAAAAGGGGACAGAUGAGGGUCGCACGCGAACACAAUAACUUCCCGUUGAUUCUUGCAAACAAUCGUUCAGCGUCACAAAAUACAAACCAUUCUUUUUCCCAUUCGAUCAGUGGCGAAAUUGACGUCACUCGCACCAGCCUCCCAUUGAGAAAACAGUUGAUUAAUGUUGUGGUCCGUUAAUAGAAGGUUGAGAAAAAAUAUGAUUCCGUCAUGUUUUUGAAUGUUUACAUGUAAGCAUUGUCUUUCUCAGACGCUUUGGUGGCUGGUAAGAAUAAAACUCCUAACUAAAUAAACAUAUGCAAUAAAGGGGUUUUCGCCCGAUAAAGAAUAUAAAGUAACCACUUGCAAGGUUUUCUCAAGUGCUAGAUAUUACAAUCACAAGGAUCGCGGUUGACCUUAGAAAGGGCGUUGCCCCUUUAAAUCUAUCUCUGCCAGAAAAAGGCGUGAUUUAGCUGAAAUCUGAUUAUAUUCAAUUAACCUUUGAAAUCCGCUUUAGUUUGCUGAAAUCUAAAGGAAUUUAUAGCACUCGUCACUCAAAGUUUUAAAACUCAAUUGAACUGAAUCGCAUAAACAUCCGUAACAUCCGCAUAAACAUCAGUUGAAUUUUGGUAUGUUUGCAGAUAGAUAGACCAUUUUCUUAUAUAUCAUUAACCUUGGCAAUAUUUAAAAAGUGUACAAACGGAAAGAAAUUUAUGCGGGAAGGUUUAGGUAUAGGAUGCUAUUCGGGAAAAGUGACGCAACAGAUAAGGCCUUCGGAUUUCCAGAGAGCCAAACCGGAACAUAACAUAAAUCUACCAGAGAACAUAUCUCUACCAAUUGAGAACCAAAAAGACCAUAACUCCAUAUUUUCCACAAUGUUAAAUAUGUAUUUUUAUUUGUUUACUUCGUGCUGAAAAAAGGGCGUGGCCCCUCUUCGGUCCCAAUUUUUUUACCAGUGAUGAACUGUGACAAAAUGCGGGUUAUCUUUUCCUGGUUAGAAAGCUGACGACAGUCAUAGUACAGCAGAACACCCAUACUGUCAUUCCAUCUUGAUGACUGGUCUGUUAAACAAACAUACCAUUUCCACGGACUCCGUUUUUCAAACAGCUCCUGUCCGUAAAGAUAUCGGAGUUUAGUGAUAAAGACGUGUAAAGCUAUUUUCGACAAUUGCAUCUUACUUCACAGACAAAUAUGUAUCUUUGUAAUAUGAUUUAUUACAUGUAGUCUUAAAACGGAUAUAUAAAUAGCCUUUGUGUUGAGUUCCUUCAGACGACAAGGGUAUACACUGAUUUUUUACAAGAAGCAAAGUCGCUUUUGAGCAGGGCCGCAUUUACGUCUGUUGGGGCCCUGGGCCCAAAGUUGAUUGGGGCCCCUUAAAAUAUACAAAAAAAUUUGUGUCGCGGGCACAGUACUUGGCUAAACAUAAUCAAACAUAAUCAACUAGUUAUAAGACACGUAUUCAUUUCGCAUUUCAGUACAUUCACAAUAAAACUACCCAACUGCUGAAAACUUCCAGGACAUCAAUAUCUGCUGCCGUUAAACAUAAGGAAACAACGCGCUAAUGUGAUAUUAAAAAUUCUUGCGACCACGCCCUUUUUUCUAUUCUUAAAAUGAAAUUCAUUACUUUACGAGGCCCCCUAGCUCCAUUCAAAGACAAGAUUGAAAUCAAGAGCACUUAAAAGGCUUUUAAAAUUUUGCACGGAACCCUCUAAAUCGAAGAAUUUUAGAGGGCCCCUGGCCCAGUGGGCCCCUGGCAUAGGUAAAUGCGUCACUGCCGUUGAGUACUCCUGAAAGCUUUUGGAAAUUCCAAUACUUUUUGUUUCUUAAUACUUUCUCGACUAAAAAGUCAUGAACUUUAACAUUGGGUGCAUAUGUACAUCUAAAUUUUCAAAAUAUGAAAUUUCGAAAUCUGAGAGGGUAUUGUCAAUGCUUCUAUUUUGUUCAAAUGCUCAUGACUUACUUAGAUAAGGGAUUCGCCUCCGUUUUGAUGCUUUACAUAGAUAAAAAAGUUGUACCUCCAUUCUCUGUCUAAGUUUUUAUUAAGCCAACCAGCCAGUCAGAUUGAUGGAUUUUUACGAAAUUUCUCAGUUGUUGCCUUUUCUCAAUUUAAUUAAUUCUCUUCUUAACUUUUUCUCAACAUUUUAAGUUUCUUUAUUUAUCAGAUUCCUCUGAACGCGUUCCUUAUAGCGAGUUUAUUAUAAGAAAAUGAGUGUAGAAUGCCCUGGACGAACGUCUCUAGUUCAAUAGUGCAUAAUUCUGCUGUCCAGUAAAGGUUGGACCACGCCCAAAGAUAGCCAUCACUUUCUGUUUUCAAUCGUACUUUGCAUGCAGCACUAGCAGCGAUGUAUUGGAAUUUUUGAUUUUUUUUACAUUCCAAUAAAAAUUUAUAAUACAAAUUUACUAGUUACACCAGGCCCGUCGGAACCGGGGGGCUGGGGGCUGAAGCCCCCUUUAUAGUUGUCAAUCUGUAAUAUGUUUCCUUUAUAACAGUGUACUGAAUGAGAAGGAAAACAAUGGCAGCCCCGCCCACCCCCCUUCCCGAUAUGCAUUUCGUCCCGACGGCACUGUACACUACCACAAAAUACUUAACGACACUACGAGGACUAUGCCACACUAUGACUACUCCGUGGCAUCACGAAAAAUGAAAACUUAAAUAUAUGAAAGAACACUACACUCUCUCUCAAAUUAGAUACCAGGCGAAAAAUUUUAGCGAAUAACAGCAGACAAUAUGUUUUCUGCAGUUUAAGAAAUUGUGCGUUAUCACAGAGUUUUUAUGAAUUUGCAAUGAUAAAAAUAAUUUAACUUGUAGUGCAUUUGGGGGGUGAUUUUAAGGAAGUUUGAAGAGUUCAGGCAUACCACGGUCUUUAUAUUAAUUUGAUUUCAUACGUAUAUGAUAAAGAAGGGUAUCGAUGUAAAAUUUAAACAGAUUUAGAUUUUCACGGAGCUGUUUGCUCCUCGGUAACAAACUGUAAGGCAAUUUCCAAACUGGUCAUCACAAACUGGUCUAUAAUUUAUAUCGGUGUUUAGCCGAGCUAAGAGGAGAGGUCGUGUGGCAUCAACCAACUAGUCUGUCAGUUUAGACCAUUGAACCAUUGGCCAUUGAACCCUUGCCUGUCGUGAGGUUAGCACAUAUUCUUUUUAAUCCUGUGCUUGAUACCAAGGCAUAUUUGGUUUUGCCACCAGCACUGCGAUUUUUCUGUAUGAUCGACACGGAUCGUCGUGCGAACUGUAGUUCCAAUCACGCAAUGACCCUGUAGCUUUGGGGGCACUUGAACUUUUGCCCGUUUGUCGUCGAUACAGGUGUCAGAUUCUCCAUAUCAGAGUGGAGCCCAGAUGUUGCCUGACAGUAAACGUCGUGAUGAAGUCUAGUUUCACACCUAAACCUCGCUUUGCUUCUAUUGAAUGGCUGAGGGCAGUUUUCAGACCUCACACGUUUCGUCCGUCCGAAAGAAAUAUGGAAAGUAAAUGUAAAUAGGAAAGUUUCCCCUUAUAUUUUUUGCAGUCGCGCAAUCCUAGCUAGUUGGUCCUUUAUAUAGCAGCUACCCAAAUAAAAAUGGUAGACCUCCAAUUUCACUCAACCCUACUCAACCCAAGCAUCUAUAAGGGCAGGGGUUUCGCGCCCUAAAUAAAAUUUGCUUGUCAAUCGGUAGAGUCUAUUUGUAGACUUCCCCUGGAAACUAUAAAGUGGUUUUUUGAAACUGUUUUGUUUAGCGCGUUUUAUAGCAAGUUUAGGUGCAAAAAGCAUAUCUUUUUGUUCUAAUGAGGGUUCUCUUCCGACAGUCGUUUGAUGCGAAACGCCCCGUUUGACGGCCUGAUUGGAAUGACUCUGUGGGCCUAACGAAAAAAUGACUAAAGUUCAGUAACUAAGGUACUAGGCACAGUCAAAUGCAGGCUGCAUAUAACACUAAUUAAAAUUUGCCGAGAUCCUAAUUGAGGCGUGCCAUCAAGCAAAAUAGUUUACCCUCUUGAACUCCUGUUAUUUAUUCUUUGAUUUGAAUAUCUAAAACACCAGCGGCAAUACAUAUGCAAAGAUUUAAUCAAACAUACACGGCAAAACAUAGGCCGGGUCAUCAUCAGGCUAGUUUACACUGCUUUGUAUCCAACAAUUGAGGGAUUGACCUCAAAUUAAGCCACGCGCUCUCUUUGGAAUUAAAGCCAGGAUCUCGUGCUAGGCGUUUUAUGCACUGGGUCAUUCUGGUGAGAUUUCGGGGUUAUUUUUACACUUCUGCGGGGCUCAGGUGCUCAAAUCCCUGCGUACUUUGUUUUCCACUGUGAUUUCUAUUGACAUAUUGCUUACAAAGAUUGUAUGGUUUCAGUAUAACUAAUUGGUCGACAGCCCGUCAUCAUAAACCUCGCUUAAAGAAAAUUUUUCCAAUAACCCUACUCUGUUAUAAUUCUGAAUUUGAUCAUAAUGAUCAACUUAAUAAAACAAUUUAUAAAAUAAACUGCAUUUAAUCAGUCUCGACAUGACAAUGCAGUCCGUUAGCUUCUGUUCCCAAAGAAUUCGUCUGCCAUUAAAAUGCCGCCAUAUCUCUCAGAUAUUACGAAACAAUGAAAGCUAGAGAAUAACUUUGACUGAAAAUGGCUGAUGUUGAAAUCUCUGGUAAUCUCAAAUCAAAAUAUUAUUGAGGGUUUUGAUUAGGCUUAUGUCUUUGUGGAAAAAAAGCUUCAAACAGGUGUUUUUGAUGCCUUCGUUUCAGAUGAUUCUGACCCAAUUCAGAACGAUGUACAAUCAUUUGGAAUACUUCGUCUAUGGCAUUUUUUACCACGAAGCUAGUGAAACAUCUCUACUUAUUUUUCAAUCGAAAUCAUCGCUAAAUAAAAAGUAAAUCAUUAAUAGAGAGUGCGGGAAAAUAACCAACCCGAGCGAGGCUCGAACUCACGACCCCUGACAAAUCCAUAUUUCUACCUUUUAUCUGUGUUGUUUAUAAUUUUAUGUAAGCAAAAAUAGUUUUCAGUUUUGGUAUUUGGAUGAACGGCAAAUGAUUUUUGAACAGAAGAUUAUAGUUUGCAAUAAACUAAACGAUCUUGUUAAUGGCAAAGACUUUUAAGGCAGAGCCAUUUGUCUCUAAAACUUUGGCCUGUCUCUGGGUUUUAAUUGAGGUCUUGAUCUCUCUUUGACUCUCUUCAAACUCUAAUUGUUUGGUCGUCGAGUCACUGUGAUUUCUAAAUACAUUUCUAUUGCCUAAAGAUGUGAUUUUACGGUGGAGAGUACACUAUUUUCUCAUAAGAGCCAUUGAGGGUCGAUGUUCUUUCGUUUUGGAUGAUUUGCGGACUGGGACGCAAGCUACAAUCCCGGACAGAAAUAGUGAAGACUUUUCAAGAAAAUUUUAUGUUUUCUCUUUUCUUUGAAAAAUAGCUUCCCCCCCCCCCCCUUCCCCAAUUCAAUGUUGAUUGCAUGAGUGUGAAGCAAUAAUGGUAGAACUACAAAUCCAACACUGCUUCGGGGGGAAAGGAGAGGAUUCGAAUUUACAGGGGCAAGGUAAAACAUAAAAUUACAAAAAUUGCAUUUUGUCUCAACAUUUUUGUCUGGGAUUGUUGAUAAUUUGAGGCUCAAGUGUUCUAGCAUGGUAGUCUAGCUGUUAAAAUCUGUUUCGUUUUGUUAAUAUGAGAGUAUGUUUUUAAAUCGGAAGCUUGGCAUUUUCUUAUGUUGUCUAUGUUUCUUCAACGUCCUUAUAAGAAAAUAGAGGCCCCAUUUUCUUUAAAGUUGGUUCCAAUAAAAGCUGUCUAGUUAGAUAAUGAAGUCGUUAGUCGCCUGAGGAUCUUUUUUGGUAGGUAUCCCAGUCAGGAUAUUUGAGGAAUGCCUUUUGUUACCGACUGGCCCUACAAGCACAAAGUUGAGAAAUAAAGAUGGGCGUGACUAUCGGAAGACCUUUCUGGACAUACAAAUCAAGACCAUUGUAGGGGACUUUAAGGCUUAAACCCUCGUGAUCUUCUUCUUGUAACCCGGCUCAAGUUUAGCUUUGGGCUGAUACCUGUAAUCAGUGCCUAUAGGAAACAACUUAAAAAUACAAGGUUCGUUCUAUAUUUCAAAAAUGGGUUUGAGCUCUAGAUCCCCCUUCCUUCCCCGCUCUACCCCCAAAAUAAUUUUACUGAUCCCUUGAAAAUAACCAUAUCAAAGCAAUCUCUCUCCUUUGAUUUUUCACAACAUCAAACAAAAAUACCAUACUAUAAAUACUUCAUUGACCUUUGUCAUAAAAACCCACUUUAUGAAGUUUUUGCUACAAUAACACACCAUUUGACAUAAGAACGUCACCUUUGUCCAUUCAGGGCUGUUUUCAUUCCCAAAACAUGAUACUUGACAUUUCUGAGUUUAUAAUCAAAUCCAAAAUAGGAAGAAUUAAUUCAUAAGAUCCUGCUUUGAAGCGAUCCCAAAUAGGCUAUAAUAUGAUAUCAAUCAUCGAUACACUAGUUCCAGUGAUUUAAAAAGUCGAAUAACAAUAAUAGGCCAUCGGAAUUCGCAGCUUCUGACUGCCCCCGGGCUGUUGCAUAAUUCAUUAAGAUAUUCCGUUGUUAGUGAAUGGUGUGUAGGAUUCCCGGUUCAGUCGAAGCAGAUCACAACGCGUAACGCCAGUAGUGCUGCGGUUGGUUAGGUCAGUUUUUUAGAACGCUUGACAAGUCUCAAAGGCUUUGUAGCUAGCUGUGGUGACUCACGCCAUGUUCUGCAAACGGGAUGUCCUAUCUUUUCAUGGCAUAUCCUGCCCUACCUCUUUGGUUAGUAUUCCUGCAUUAAAGCGUCAGGCUUGCUCAACUUCAAGCGUGCAGAAAUCUAUUGGUGGGCACAAAUGCAUCACGGGAAGAUCGCUCAAAGCUAAUUACAAUACAGUGAAUGACUCGAUGUCCGAUAUUUUCUCCGAAAGUGAUUUUGAAUCUGAAGUUGGUUAUGCUUCCUGUGAAAAAGACGAUUCUGCAACAAGUGACGUAGGAAAAUGUCGACAAGCUAACAAGGCUAGGAAAAGGCGACAACGAAGGCACAAAUUGGACCAGCUGAAAAAGUACGAGAUCUACUCAAACGAUUCCGAUACUACGAUCGAUGAAUCGGGAAACAGUUCUCGGAAACUGAAAAGCACACGCAUUCCGAGGGGGGCUCCUGAAGUUAUUGACACAAGUUUGAUUGUUCGUAAAGCUCUUUCAGACCGAGAUAGCUCGCCGAAAAACAUCCGAAGGCCGAGAAAUGGAAGCAAAGCCUCGUGGACUGAUUCGGGAGUCUCAAUGUCGAAAACUGACUCGCAACCGAGUACUCUCGGGGACCGAUCGAAUGCAGCGAGAAUAAUGUCAAAGAAGCGCGCAGGUAGCGAUGAGUUGCUACUCGAUAGAUGUGAAGAUUCACCAGUGGAGUUGCUGAGGGGAGAGAUAAAUCGUCGCAGCCGAAGUGUGUCCGAGUAUCUGAGACAGGUAAAGGAUCAGAGACAGAACGAAUGCAGAAGUGCCCCUCUCCAGCCAACGGAAGGGGUCGAGAAACCUGGAUCAGUAGACAUGACAGAGGCUGAACAAAAAGAGCAUCGCAUUCGAAGACAGGGUAGCCAAAGGCAUCCAGAGAUAAUCAAGAAGGACAGUUUUGGGAGAAAAAUAUUAAAUGAAGAGAAACACAAAGGAAAGAAAGUACCUGGGGAAUCAUCAUGUAACAAAAGCAAUCUAGAAAGCCAGGGACUAAGUAAGAUGGAAAACGAGAUUAUAAGACAGCUUGUUGAGAAUGCAAGAGAGGCUGAUCGUAAGGAAUCCAUCCCGUCGUCUCCCAGCAGCUGCCACAGCAAAGACGAGGCUAUAGUCAACAGGAAAUCGAGGUUUCAAAGAAUAAAAGCCUUACUGAGGACUAUGAAGCCAAGAUUGCAUUCAGAUUCAAAGAGUUCUUCAGUAGCCCAAGGUAUUGACUGUAAUGGACGAUGUCACUCACCAUUCAGUUUUGAUAACUAUCUUUCCGAUGAUGUUAGCAUCCACAGUCGAUGCAUUGAUGAGAAUUGCAACUGUGACUGUGAUGAUAUUAUACAGAAAGAUCAAUUAUCUCGCUUAGGUCGUACAAUUCCAGCCAAAAAACGGAGUUUCCUAAGCCGGUUUUUUAAAAGCUCAUCCAAGCAAAACAUCGAUAUCAACUUAUCAAAUGGACGGAUGUAUCGAUCGGGCUCGCAUUGUGAAACCGACUUCGGGAGAAAGCGAUCCGGAAGCACACGUUCCUUACCGGAAUCGCUGAGACAUCUUUGGUUGAAAGCAAUGUCGAAGUCAGUUGACAACAUCAACACCCAGAGGUGUGCAAAUCAAUUUCUACGACGGGAUCCAAUGCAGAAGUACGAGUUGGAUUGUAAAAGAUCGCGAAGCAGUUGCUCUCUGGUCAAGCCUCCCUUUUACCCUUACUUUCCAAUGAGCUCGUCGAAAUCAUGCGAAGCGCUGUCCCUUCAUAGCCUCAUGGUCCGUAGUCCCCCCACUCCGGUAAGAAGGUCAGCUAGCCUUCGGUCGUUGAAUAUCACCAAGAACUAUGACAUAGCAACGCAUGUGCUGCAAGCAAGGGUUCCGCCAGUUGAACAUGCGGAGAACAAUAACUUGUUUUACCAUCCCUACUUUGAGGGUCAUGCUGCUCGAGACGAUUUUAUCAAAGGGACAGAUCAGAAUGUUAUAUUGCAGUGUUAUUGCUGUGCCGAUGAAAAACUGAUGAGCCCAGGUUGUUCGCGGAAAUACGAAGAAACUAUAGAGUCAAUGCCAAACGUCAUUUCAAUGAAUAUGUCUCGGGGUAGAAAGGACUCAGGAGAACAAUACCGCUUGGGCAGCGAGGAUUGUUGCUCUUAUAAUCAGGCGAGUUGCAAAAAUGGCCUGGGUACACCAAACUGUUUUUGUGACGUCAUCGGUUCACGGCGCAACUGUCAUGACCAUCAAUGCGAUGACGACAACGAUGAUGACGACGUCAUGAUCGUUGCGCCGUUGAAAGUAACAAUAACUGAGGAAAAGCAUGCGGAGAAAGUAAGGCUAAAGACGAGUAAAAAUAUCGAUACCUUCGUUUAAAGUCUGUGUAAUAUAUAAGAUACACUGCUAUAAAUUUCUAAAUGAUUUCAAUAUAUUAAUGAGCAUUGAUAACUGUCAAAAAAUUGGGUUAAAUUUGAAUUCUGAUAUUAAGAAAAAAUUGGACAAAA